AUGUCGGCCUCUCUUGUCCUCCGCCCUAUCGCCGCACGCUUCACGGCGCCCUCUGCUCUCCCCACCGACUCUUCUCGACGGCCUCGCGCCGCCUCGCUGAGGCUGGGGCCAGAAACCCGCGGGAAACCCGGAGCUCCCCGGUUCAGCCUGAGGAGCGUGGCGUCGACGCCUCGGGGCCGUGCCUACCUCAUACUCGGGUUUGGCGUCCUCGCUGGGCUGGAGACGUAUGCCUGGACCAAGUUUGGGCCCAGCAUCCUGGGAUGGGACAAGGGCGAGAAGGCCUAG